AUGGCAAGCAGGCAACUUAUAAUCCUCAUUUCAACCCUCCUCAUCCCACUGGCCUUCCCUUCCAUAGCAGCCACUGAAUAUGACCCGAAAAAGCCUGAGGAAGCGCAGAAGAAAAUCGACGUGGUGGUGGAAGGCAUGAUCUAUUGCCAGAGUUGUGACCACUAUGGAACAUGGUCCUUGACUGAUGCUGAGCCAAUCCCUUCAGCUAAAGUCAGUGUCAUCUGCAAAAACCACAAAGACCAAGUCAGCUUCUACAAGUCUUUUGUCACAGACCUUAAAGGCUACUUCUAUGCUCAGCUUGAAGGCUUCAAAAUGGCGCAUUCUAUAUUGGACCAUCCCCUCCAUGGGUGCCAUGUGAAGCUAGUUUCUUCUCCUCUUGCCAAUUGCAGUGACCUCAGUAAUGUCAAUAACGGUCUCUAUGGUGCCCCUCUUCAUUCCGAAAACAAGAGAUUGUUGGGUAGGAAUUAUGAGGCAGUUAUAUAUGCUGCAGGGCCUUUGGCUUUCCGUCCUUCUCAUUGCUCCAAUACUCACUCUUGAUUUGGCACACCAGCUAUUCCCUGAUUAAUUGUUCUCCUAAAUUUUAACCGAAUUUGCUACUUUCUUUCUUUUUGUCAAAAUUUUAUUUUCUAAAUGUAACUGUAUUCGCAUUGCAGCAGUUGCUUUGUUUCUUGAAUAAAUUGGUUUGUACUGCAGAGUGAUGAAAUGACAUGUUUCAUUUGCCCAUU